UGAAGUGACGUCUGCCCAGGGUUGCACACAGAGAAAGGAAGUGGCCCAGUGAGAAUCUGAAUUCCCUUUCUCUAAGAUGCCACAGCCCCACACCAUCCAGUGAAGGAAGCAGGCCAUAAGGUCCAAUGGUAGAUUAUUUCUUUAAAGUUUAGGGCCACCUACCAUUUAAAAAUAAUUUCGUGGGGCAAAAGGGGAGGGAUGCACCCAGGGCAACGACGAGCUGCAAUUAGCUCCCGCAGUGCGUGCCUACAAAUGCAGACCCCAAAGCCGAAGCUGAGAGAAAAGGCUGCAACAAUCUCCAAGGCAUGCAGAUGAGUUCUCUGCCCUGGCCAAUCAGAAGCCGGCUGGUCCCUCCCUGCAUCAUGCAACCAAUGGACAGCGAUCCCCGCUUUCUCGGCUGUCCUAUUUAAGUAGCGACGGGGACACUAACCAGCACGGUGUCCGAUUUGCGGGGUCUACGUUUCUUUCACGUUUCUAUCGAGGCCAUCUCUUUCAAGGCCGUAACAUCAUGGCGACCUUCCUCGUGCUGAAGAACCAGGCAAAAAUGCCCAUCGUGGGCCUGGGAACCUGGAAGUCCCCUCCAGGCAAAGUGGCGAGCGCGGUGAAGGCGGCCAUCGACAUCGGGUACCGCCACAUCGACUGCGCCCACGUCUACCAGAAUGAGAAUGAAGUGGGGGAGGCCAUCCAGGAGAAGCUGAAGGAGAAAGCCGUGAGCCGGGAGGACCUGUUUGUUGUCAGCAAGCUUUGGUGCACGUACCACGAGAAGAGCUUGGUGAAGUCCGCCUGCCAGAAGACGCUGAGUGACCUGAAGCUGGACUACCUGGACCUCUACCUCAUCCACUGGCCUACAGGAUUUAAGGCCGGAACUGACUUUUUCCCACUGGAUGACAAGGGCAAAGUGAUUCCCAGUAACACCAGCUUUUUGGAUACGUGGACGGCCAUGGAAGACUUAGUGGACACAGGACUAGUGAAAGCCAUUGGGCUUUCCAACUUCAACCACCUCCAGAUUGAGAGCAUCUUGAACAAGCCAGGGCUGAAGCAUGCGCCAGCAGUUAACCAGGUCGAGUGCCAUCCGUAUCUCACCCAGGAAAAGCUGAUCGAGUAUUGCCAGUCCAAAGGCAUUGUAGUGACAGCCUACAGUCCCCUGGGGUCUCCGGAUCGACCAUGGGCCAAGCCUGAGGACCCUUCUCUCUUGAAUGAUGCCAGGAUCCAGGCCAUUGCACAAAAGCACAACAAAACCACUGCACAGGUUCUGAUCAGGUUCCACAUCCAGAGAAAAGUGGUUGUGAUCCCUAAGUCUGUCACCCCAUCACGGAUUGCUGAGAACUUUCAGGUGUUUGACUUUGAGCUGUCUGACGAAGAGAUGGCAACUAUACUCAGCUUCAACCGCGACUGGAGAGUCUGUUCCUUGGCCAAUGCCGAUUCUCACAAAGAUUACCCCUUUGGUGUCCCAUUUUGAGAUUCUGGAUAGCUGCCGCCUAGUGUCCAGAUGACCAGCUCCCGUCGCUUCCAGCCGUGCUAUUUGAUCUUGACAGAGUAUAUUCUUCUACAAUGCAUUGGUCAGCCCUGGACUCUGCUUCCAAGAGCUCCGAAGGUCAGCGUUGGAUCUUGGCUUCCCUGAGUGACUCCAAGCUUUGUGUACCCUCUCCUGCCCCCCGAAGAAUGGUACAGAACGACUGCCCUCUCCCCAGAUGGGCCCCCCUGCAAACAAGAAUUAUUCCACCGGCAAAUGGUUUUCUUUUCUUUAGUAACAAGUAGAUUUCAUCUGCUUGAAGUUAUAAAAACCUAACUUCUUGCUUUGAAUAAAACAAAAACAAAAACUUC